GCACUCAGGGGGGAGAUAGGAAGCUCCAGUGUUAAAAACAGGACAAGGGAGGGACAGUGGAAGUACUUAAGGUAUGUUCUUGUGGAAGGAAACGAUUUGGUGAGAAGGGUGGGAGAGGAGAUGAUAGAGAAGAGACAAAGUAGGUGGGUGAAAGAUUUGUUGAAUGAACUGAGAGCAACAGAGGGACUGAGUGUGAGUGUGAGGAAUGAGACAAAGGAGAGUAUAAAGCAGAGAAUGAGAGAGGUGGAUACAAGAGAGUGGAAGAGGCAAAUGAAUGAGAAAGCAAGCCUUAAGAUAUAUAGAAAAUGGAGACAGGAGUUGGGAGGACAAGAGGAGGUAUACACCAACAACCAAGCCUCAGAAGUGUUAUUCAGAUGCAGGACAAACAACAUGCAACUAAAAGACAGAAACAGACACCGGCAAGAGGAAACCAAGUGUGACAUGUGUGAAGCUGAAAACGAAGACCUGCGACACUUUCUGCUCUGGUGCCCGGCCUAUGCAGAGGAAAGAAUAAAGUGCGUGAGGCUGCAACAGCCUUACGAGGAAGAAGAGGACGACACCAUUGGAAAUUUUUUAUUUGAAAAUGAACACACCGAACAAACGAAAACAACAGUACACAAGUUUUGGACAAUAAGAGAAAAAAGAACGAAAGAAAAAGGAAAAUAAUAGACCCAGACAGUAGACACAUCAGGGAGUGCCGUUACAAAGGCAAAACUCCCGACCGACUACUACUACUACUACAACCGCACGUGUUCAGGGGCCCUGCCGGCACUGGUGCUGUGCAGAAGUGAGGGUCUGAGGUGGUGCUGUGCUCAGCGCUCCCUGUGUCCUCGCUGCCACUGGACUCUGUUCAAGUGGAGGCUGCAAGGCUGGGCAGCAGCCUGAGUGACCAGGACCAGCAGGAGCAGACUGUCUCUGGUGUGAGGAUCAGGGGUGAUCAGGAGAGCCACCACCACCACCACCACCACCUUGCUGCUGGCAUCUCCAGUCAUAAUGGAAAGGGAAAGUUUGAGUGCAAGAAGACUCGAGACUGAGAACAGGUCCACUAGACACAGCCUUGCACACACUGGACACCAUGAGUGCUAAGAGUGUGGGAAAAGACUCCCUAGGAAGGGUGACUUCACCAAGUACACCCACACACUCUGGAGAACCUCAUGAAUGCCGUGAGUGUGGCAAAAAGUUCAGAAAGAAGAGUAACCUCAACAGACACACCCUUACACACCCUCAUGAAUGCCAUGAGUGUGGCAAAAAAUUCAAUACAAAGAGUAACCUCAACAAACACACCCUUACACACACUGGAGGAAGACCUCAUGAAUGCCGUGAGUGUGGCAAAAAGUUCAGUAGGAAGAGUGACCUCAACACACACACCCUUACACACCCUCAUGAAUGCCAUGAGUGUGGCAAAAAGUUCAGUAGGAAGAGUCACCUCAACACACACACCCUUACACACACUGGUGAAAGACCUCAUGAAUGCUGUGAGUGUGGCAAAAAGUUCAGUAGGAAGAGUGACCUCAACAUACACACCCUUACACACACUGGUGAAAGACCUCAUGAAUGCCUUGAGUGUGGCAAAAAGUUCAACCAGAAGUGUCACCUCAACAAACACACCCUUACACACACUGGUGAAAGACCUCAUGAAUGCCAUGAGUGUGGCAGAAAGUUCAGCCAGAAGAGUAACUUCAAUAGACACACCCUUACACACGCUGCACACACUGGUGAAAGGCCUCAUGAAUGCCAUGAGUGUGGCAAAAAGUUCAGCCAAAAGAGUGUCCUUAACACACACACCAUUACGCACACUGGUGAAAAACCUCAUGAAUGCCAUGAGUGUGGCAAAAAGUUCAAUACAAAGAGUCAUCUCGACAGACACAUCCACACUGCACACACUGGUGAAAGACCUCAUGAAUGUCAUGAGUGUGGCAAAAAGUUCAGCCAGAAGAGUUACCUCAACUCACACACCCUUACACACACUGCACACACUGGUGAAAGACGUCAUGAAUGCCGUGAGUGUGGCAAAAAGUUCAGUAGGAAGAGUGCCCUCACCAGACACACCCUUACACACACUGGUGUAAAACCUCAUGAAUGCCAUGAGUGUGACAAGAGGUUCAUUUCUAUGUCUAUGCUGAACAAGCACAUCUUCAGACACUCUGGCCUGAGAGAGUUCAAGUGUGAUGUUUGUGGGAAGCAUUUCAAGACCAAGUCGGAAAUUGCCCGGCACAUGAAGAUCCACUUCCCCUGAGGUGCUGUGUUGUGCUGCUGUGUGUGUUAUGCAUGUACGUGUGUGUCCACCACCUAUUAUUAUCAUUAUUAUUAUUAUUAUUAUUAUUUGAGUGACAAUGAUUAUGUAAUGUGUUAGAAGGAGGUGUGUAAACAAACAUACAGACAUACAGACGUACGUACAUACACACACACAAACAGUUAUUUUGUCUUUGUAAUAAAUUCUUCAACUUGAGGAACACUUGUUAUUUUUUUCCUUUUCUUGUUUUUCUUUUACCUCCAUUUUCCUUAAUUUCAUACUUUUUAAUGUUUUCCUUCUAUUUCUUUUCUUUUUCCUUCCUUGUUUUUUUAUUUUUCCUUCAUUUUCAUGUUUUUUAUCACUGCAUUUUUCAUUUUUUUCAUUUCAGUGUUUUAUUUUUCACUUCAUUUUCUUCUUUUUCUUUAUGAUUUUUCUAUAUUUUCUUUUAAGUUCAUUUUUUCUAUUUCUCCAUUUUCUUUCUUG